CCUUCGUGUCGAUCGAUUCACGUGCAGUAAUGGCGGACGAGGACAACGAGUUUGAGAGACCACGAAAAGUACCUAAAACAUUGAAAGAGAAGGACUCUGGAAAACGACUUAUUGUUGUUCUAGAAAACGCUUCUCUAGAGACCGUUAAGAAUGGAAAGAGUUUUGAGUUGUUAAACUGUGAUAAACACAAAACAAUUAUGAGGAAAAACAAAAAGGAUCCAGCCACAGCUCGACCAGACAUUACACACCAGAGUCUGCUGAUGUUACUGGACAGUCCACUGAAUAAAGCAGGACUUCUACAAGUGUAUAUUCACACAGAAAGGAACGUUCUAAUAGAGAUAAACCCUCACACUAGAAUUCCAAGAACAUUUGACCGGUUUUGUGGACUGAUGGUUCAGUUGCUACACAAGCUUAGUAUUCAUGCUUCUGAUGGUCCUCAAAAGUUACUCAAGGUGAUAAAGAAUCCAGUGACUGAUCAUUUACCAACGGGCUGUAAGAAAAUUGGAACAUCUUUCCAUUCUGAAAAACUAACUAAGUUAAAGGAUGUUAUUCCAAAAGAUGAGCCUAUUGUUUUUGUUGUUGGAGCCAUGGCCCACGGCUCGAUUGAUGUACCGUACGUGGAAGAAACUGUGGCGAUCAGUGAAUACCCCUUAUCAGGAGCUCUAACCUGUGCCAAAAUCUGCGGCGCGUUUGAAGAGGCAUGGGGAAUUUUAUGAACUUAUCUACUAGAUCAUCAUUUGCACCUGUGUGGGGUAUUUUUAUAGAAGCAGAACAACUCUAGUUAGUGUUGUGUUCAGUAGGUCACGUCCAGUACAGCAGCUAUACAAAAGCCAAAAACAAUGUCACAGAUAACAAUCCAGGAUAAAACAAUGCACCAUGGGUGAAAUGUCAACUUGUAGUGUUUUACCAAUACGCUGAUACUGAUAUAACAAUAGAUUGGCAAUAAGAGAUCUGCCUAUCAAUCACGUCUCCUGGCUAUCAAUCAUCGUCUCCUUGAUGCUUCUGUCCGAAACAUGUUAUCCAAAGAGCGAUAUGUUUUAAAGUGCACUUGUUUACUCGCGCAGCGCAGCAAACAAGAGUAGUUAGUUUUCCUAUUGCCAAAUUAUACAGUUUUGUGCAUAACUGAUGCUCCGUUUCAAGCGUGACGUCCAAAGACGUAAUGCUUGAUUUUACGAGCACAAUCCGUCUAACCCUAGCGCUGUUCACAUUUCUUGUUUUUGAACUCCUUUAGACGGAAAACUUACUUCCUUGUAAAUUGUAAUGUGAUUUUCGGUAAUAGAGGUACUUUGCAAUAAAUAGGCCAAUUUGUCAAACGUAUGUUCGAAAAUAGCGAAAAUAAUCUUUGAAUAUUGUUAUGUUUUCGUUUCUCCCUAUAUUUACACAAUGUAUUUUGUGUCCCCAAAUUAAUAUGGGAUUUCCCAAGGCUACAAGGCAUUGACACGUUAAUAAAGUUUCUAUCUAUUCUAUUUAUUUAUUAUUGAUUGCAGGGCUCAAAAAUAAUUUUCGGACCGUAGCCGGUCAUGUUGACCGGCCAAAGUAAUUUUGGCUCGGUCACGUCUCGUUUCUGACCGGUCAAGAUAUUUAAAAAAAAAAUUCAAGUAAUGUUUGUCUGAUUAAACCCACAAAUAUAAUUUGUUUUUCCAGUCGUUGCUACACCGUUUAAAAUUGGCUUAAUACAAAGAAAAGCUUAAAACCUAACCAAAGAUAGCCUUGGGAUGGCCAGGUAGCUCAAUAAAGUGGCACGCUGUCAGUGGAAUUCAUGCCACCUGCCAAAGAAAACGUAUUGAACGGAUGCAUGUUUGAUGAAAUUUUUCGAUCGGUACAUUGAAUUCCAUGAGCUGUUGUUUUGAUUUUCUACAAAGUAGUUUCUGCCACCAAAACGUCAAUGAAACCAAACAUGCAUCAGCUGAUCCUAAUUUUGGGCUUCAGAAAUAACUUGAGAAAGAAAUAUAGCCGAAGAAGAAGUUUUUGUUUCCUCGAUUCUCACCCGUGCAAACCAUGUGUGCAAAAGCACAACAAAUCAUCGCGUUGCAACGAACACGGCUACAGUUACACAAGUGCUGGGAAGUUUCUCAGUGAUGUGACUAGAAUUAAGUUCUAAAGUGUAAGCAAUAAAAAUCUAAACUCUGUUUAAGUCAUAUUUUAGAGAGAGUUUUCGCUCACGAAGAACUGAUGACCAUCAUUCGGUAGAUUUUACCUCUGAUGGAUUUGGUCACGUGCUAAGCAACAAGUUGAGAGUGUCUCAAAUUUCAUUCAUGAACAAAUAACUUUACUGAUACAGAUACUGAUAAGGCCUUCGGCUUUUUUUCGUUGGUACAUAAUUAUUUUCGUCCGUUUUGUAACAGUAACUUUUAUCAGUUGGUUCUAAAUUAGAUACUGGGUUCGUGGUCAAUGUUACAUUUACGGCUUGAUGGAAACGAAGCAGACUGCAAAAUGUGUGUUUUGAUGCCCCGGAGUCCCAUAGUGUUUAAGUUGGAAACAACUUGAAAAUCGAGCGAAAAGUUUUGUUUUAACUUGUUCGUCUACUUUUGUGCAGUGAAAGUGAAAAAACGACAAAAUUAUCUUGACAUCUGUAGGGCAAUGCCUUUGAAAUGUACGCCAACGAAGAGAGGUGUUCUGUGACAAAAAUGUGGGACAGCCGGUUGAGGAAAUCUAAAGCGUCUCGAAAAGCUGAAUCUGAUUGGAUUCCCUUUAGCGUACGGAAAACUCUGCUGUUUGAAAGACUGAAUAGUUUUGAAUUCUGAAUUGAAACCUCUGCCGUCCUAACAGAUGAAAUUUUUUUUCGAACGGAUAACAGCAGUUGUCCGAAUGCUUGAAUAUUUUUCUGAACGGACAAACCCAGCCGUUCGAAUGGCAUUCCUAUCGAUCUUGAACGCAUGACUAACAGCAAGCGAACGGUUUUUAGCCGUUCGAACAGAUACCCGUUGGUAUAUGUUUUCGUGUGAGAGGUCAUUGUAAAAAAGAGAUUAAAAAUCUAAGAUUCACAGUCGAGGAUUUGAUUGUUCACUCAAGAAUGAACAACGUGACCGUCUCAACAUAACCGGCGAGUGAAGUUUUUGGCCGGUCAAGUGACCAUUCUGGCCGGACACUGACCGUUGACCGGCCGUUAUUUUGAGCCCUGGAUUGGAUGGAAAACUCGAGGAGCAGCGGUAGCGCAGAAGACCCAAUGUGUCCUGGGUUUGAAUCUUGAAUUGCUGCUUCGUGUCCUUGCUUAGGGUUCCUCCCUCCACCCUCAAAAUUAUAAUUCGGUCACAAAGUACGAUCACUUAAAACGAGUUCCGUGAAUCGUGCGACAAGGGUAAUUUGCAGAAUGCCGAAUGCACUGUUUGCUUGCUUGUUCACUUAAUCUGAAGCGAUUGAAAACGCUACCUUCUGGAUCGGGGUGAGAUGCAGUGCCAAGGGAAUUUCAAAAUAGGUUGACUAAAAGAAGAAAUAAAUUUGCUUGCAGCAAAAUUUCCUCCUCGACGUCCACCAUAUUGUUUGCUGCGAUUUUCCCGCCAGCACAACGCGCGUGUAAUUUUGACAGUUCCGAUGUCCGAAAUGUAUGCAACAUUCGAAUCUGCGAUCGCUUGCGAUCGUCUGCGAU